AUGGCCACCCGCAUCGCCGGCUACUACCAGCAGCGCAGCCAAGCCUGGGCCGCCGCCCACCGCAAGCAGUGCCAGGCCGCCAUGCAGGCCGCUACCGUGGUAGUGGCCUGGUAUGUACGCGAUCGCCUAGCGCGGCGGAGGAAGCGGAAGAGAAGAAAGUUUGCGCGCGCGCUGGAGGCCAGGGAGCGGGAGAAAGAGCGGGAGCGGGAACGAGAGCGCAGGAGGGUCGCCGCCGGCGGUGUUGGCGCUGCGGGAGGGUGUGCGGCUUGGGAGUCGGUCCGGCGGUGGGUGUGUCGGCUACCUCCGCCGUCGUUGGCCCCCUCGUUGCCCCUAGUGGGCGUGGGUAUUCCCGGAGGCCCGUUUGCCUCAGCGGCGGUAGCCGCAGCUGCCGUGGCAGCCAAUGGGUCCGGUGCCGACGCCGCGAGGGACAUGCCGUGGGACCGGGACGAAGCGAACUUCGACAUGGACCGGGCGAGGGCGCGCGAUAAGGACGCACAGCUGUACGAUGUGGCGGACAAUAUCAUCAAGAACCACCUGACGAGGACGGAUGUGCCGCUAUUGGGCGCGCUGUCGUUUGAUGAAAGCGAGAGUGAGAGUGAAGAGGAGGAGAGCGAGGAUGGGAGUAUGGACUAUGAUGAGGAGGAUGCUGAGGGGGAGGAUGAUGAGUAUGAGGGUAAUGGUUGUCAGGCGGCUGCUCCUCAGGGAGGCAUGGCGUCGGGUUCUAAGGAUGCCCAGUUGGGGACGCCUAACGGCGGGCGGUAA